GUUCGAUAUAAUUGAUGAAGUCGAUCAAGUACGAUAAAUACUCAUGUUGGAAGUGGGUGAAACAGGAUUGUAUGUUGAGGGGCAGUACUUUACUGUCUUGAUUAUUUUCGUUAUUGGUUUACGAAGUACUGCAAUUUGCAUUUGUAAUGUCGCAUCAUGUUAAAGUGUGUGAUAUUGAUGAUGAUGUCAAAGAGGCACUUAAGAAGUUCCGCUUUCGAAAGAAUGAUACAAAUGCAGCACUGAUAAUGAAAGUUAAUCGAGAGAAACAGACAAUAUGUGUUGAUGAUCUGAUUGAGGAUAUCAGUGUGGAUGACCUAAGAGAAACCCUUCCAGGGCAUCAGCCUCGGUUUGUUGUGUACAGUUGCCGCAUGGAACAUGCUGAUGGUCGUGUUUCGUACCCCAUGUGCUUCAUUUAUGUCACACCUCGAGAUAGUCAGAUGGAGCUUCAGAUUAUGUACGCUGGGACAAAGUUGGCACUGCAGAAGGAGGCAGAUCUAACGCGCGUGUAUGAAGUUCGGGAACUGGACGAACUAACAGAACAGUGGCUGCAGGAGAAACUUAGCAAGUGAACACCUUGUAUGAUUACAUUGAUAGGCAAUGGAGUCAUCACUGUUCAAUAUAAAGGACAGUUUUUGAGCAUUUAUUAAUGUGUAUAACCUCCCAUGACAUCUUAAUUUAGAUUUUCAGAUCUUUCAUGUUUGAAUGAUUUGAAAAUUUAUCAAAUAAACAUUCCUUUAGUAAUCCCUAGAUUUCAGUUCUAUUACAGUUAUGAGGAGGUAGAGUAGAGUUCCAUGGCCAUUUGGAGUAGUUUUUUUUAUUAAACAGCAUUGCAUGUGUUUUAUUUUGGAGGCAGAUGCACAUAGUGGAACAUAAGGAAUAAUAGAUUAAUUAGUUCUGAAGAAGAUUUGUACAGGAAAAUGUGUAACUUUCUCCUGAUAUUAAGCAUAGUUACAGUUCUGUUCACGUCUUGCAGGUACGUUACAAAUAGUCAUUGGAGUUUCACAUGAUGAGGCAUUUUAAUGCUGGCUGCAUCAUGGUAGAGUGAUACAUUGUAUGCUGACUGUCUUCUUAGUAGCAUUGCAUUUUGCACAUAUGUGAUUCAGCACAGAUGAACCAUUUUAUAAUUUACAUAUUCUGCACUAGUACCAGGAUAUACUGCUGCAUUCAUUUUGCUUUUCAUGUUGCAUGACAAAAUGAAUACUUCAAAGUCAGUAUGAAGGUGGAAGCUAAUGCCAUUUUCAUAAAGGACAAGAUUAGAAAGGUAAUAUACAGGCACAUGGAGACAUGAGGUUUUUUGUUCUGAUUUGCUCACACUAAAGCGUGAAUAAAACGUAAAAACAUGGUCUUUUAGGAACUUGAUGUAGGCCAACAUCUUGCCAUAGGAGGGGUCAGAUGGGACGUAUUACAUUUUCCAGAUUUAUAAUGGAGUUAUUAUUUAUGAAAGUUAUGAGCAUUUUUAAAGAGACUUGUUCUUGUUAUAUAUUGUUGUAUUAUGCCAUUUGCAUUCUGCAGUUUUUUAAUCAGUCUCUCACAUUCUUCUUAAAGGUUAAUAUUUAUAUACUUUUGUUGAGCUUUGAUCAUUCAUAGAGUGAAAUGUGUUGUUAAACAGGGUGAAGCUGAAUCUACCAAAGAAAAUAUUCAUUUGUGUGUAAUUGUGAAAAUCCAGUCUGCUUCUUACAGUAAUUUGUGAAUGAAGUAUGGUAAUGUAGUUAGUAAUGUGCAGCAUAAAAUUUGUGUUCUGAAAUUUGCUUCCCUGAAAUUUCAUGUUACAUGGAAAUUGUGCUUCAGAUGCUUUGAUGUGGUCCUAGUGCCACAAAUCUAAGAAAGAAGCAGUUCUCCGUCACUCAUAUUCAGUUCAUGCAUCCUUAAAUAGACUUAUUUAGAUAGGUUGCAGAACAAAGCUUAAAAUACCGAUGUUGGUCUUGUGUUGCAACACCAUGUGGAUUUGCCGGUAUUUGCCAAUAGUUAGAUGAACCUACUGCCUCUACCUUUAGAAGGGAAGUACUGACUUCUUUUUGUAGCAUGGUAGAUAAUAAAAGCUAAAUUUUUGUACUUAUAUUUUUUACAAAAGCAAUAAUGGUAAUUAAAAUGUAAAAUACACGUCAAAAGUAAUA